AACAAUAAUACAAAUGAUCAUAAGUAAUAAGUGUGCAAAAUUUGAAAACAAUCGGAUAACCAACCAAAAAGUUCAUUCAAAAACAUAUUUUUUUAUUUAACUUGAACGCCCUGUAUAUUUAUUGAGUUUUAGCAAAAGUGUUAUAGAAACUUGUCACACUCAUUUUUGCUGUAAAUUUGCCUCGUUAAGUGUUGGUCGCACCUUUUCCGGACACCCUGUAUUUUCUAAAUCAGGAAAAAAUUGCGCUGUUUAAACAUGUAAUGAUGUACCAUUGCCAAUAAUUGAUAAACUGUCAACUUUGGAUAUUUGGACACAAGAAACAAAACAUAAACUUUUUAUUUUAACACAUUUUCAAAUAAUCGCUGCCUGCAGUGCGGUGCUAAAAUAUACAGGAAAAUGUUGGUUAAACACCUGGUGUACAAAUGACAAUGGUGGCUCUGAUACUAAUUAUUGUAAAUAUAUUCUGAUCCAUAAAGAACUAUGUAAAAAUAGCCGAAUUGAGUUUCUUUAUGUAAUCAUUAUGUUCAAACUGCAAUUUAAGGUUCUUUCACUUUCAGAAGUCCGUGAUGACAUCGCUGGGAAAACACAUUCAGAUGAUAGUACAGUCCUAAACAUUACUCACACAGAGAGCAGCAUUACUGUUCCAAUGCCGAGUGUUGAUGAGCACCAAAGUAGUGAACAUUUCGAGACGUCGGUUUCUCAAGUUUCACAUUUGGAGCCGUCUUCCGAUUCCCAUGAGGUCGACUUUACCCGACCCCCGAUAGUUGGCGAGAACCAGCAGGAAUUAUGCAACAAUUCCAUGCAGGAAACAAGCGAUUAUGCUUAUGAUUGCGGUCAGGAGCCAUGCACCGAAGAUAAUACCAGCCGUGAUGGCUGUGUUUUAUCUGAUGAAUGUCCACAGAAAAUGAAUUCAGACGUAAAUCUUGAGUGCAUCAAGCAAGAUCGUAAGGAAUCGAAUCAAUCUAGGACACAAAAGACAAGUAAUUAUGAUGGCAGUGUGGAUACAAUUCGAAGUAACGUUACAUGCUUGCCCAAAACUUCAAAUGAAGGAGAUUUACAAUCCGAAGUCAAUUCAGAUGAUUUGGGUGACACUGAAAGUUCGUUGUUGGCUUCUGAUUCAGAUGCUGAAGAUGGCGAUAAUUUGCCUGUCUCUCAUUCUAUCCGCUGUAACACAUUGAACGGCGUAGUGCAACCCGUCAUCUUAGCCAAAAAUGAUCCAAAAGAAUAUAACUCCUCCGACUUGGCGGAAGAACACAAUUUAGAAAAAAAUAAGUCAUAUGAACAACCUACUCUUUUAAAUAACGGUUCGACCCAGGAAACCUGUAACAUAUCAGAUGAAAGUAGUCCUGGCUUUUUGGAAGAGCAGUCUGGUGCAUUAAUUGGCAGCCCCGUUGAAAUUGAUAAACAAGAUGUAACUGCUCCUGGAAAUAGCGCCGUGAAUGAUGGUAUUUCCCACAAACCAAAUGGGAACGUUUGCAAUGAGCCGGACACUUGUGUGCACGAGGAAACAUUAUUAAAUAGUACUUCAGAUUUACCAAAACCCAGUUCAGUGGAAGUUAACAGUUGGGAUGGACACUUAUCAAAUAAACAGGAAACUUCUGAUCAGAAGAUCAAUUCAAAUGAGAUUAAAUCCAGCAUGUCAGAUGUAAAUAUUCCCUUUGUUUCGGAAGCACCGAUGCAGACUUCAAUGGACUGUAAUGUAAACGAGUUGAACGAUAAAGUUGCAAUUAGGAGUGAAUCAUGUGAUUUGGAAGCAAGUAAGAAAUAUGCUCUGGAUACAGUCGCAAUCAAUGAUCUAGUUUCAGAAGUCCGUCCUAACAUCGCUGGGAAAACACAUUCCGAUGAUAGUACCGUCCUAAAAAUGACUCACACAGAGAGCAGCAUGACAGUUCCAAUGCUCAGUGUUACUGACUACCAAAGUGGUAAAUAUUUCGGGACGACGGUUCCUCAAGUUUCACACUUGGAACCGUCUUCUGAUUUCCUUAAUUUCGACUUUAUCCGAUCUGCGUUAGUUGGCGUGAACCAGCAGAAAUUAUGCAUCAAUUCCAUACGGGAAGCAAGCUAUUAUGCUUGUGCAUACGAUCAGGAGCAAUGCACCAAAGACAAUACCGGCCGCGAUGGCUCUGCUUUAUCUGAUGAACGUCCACAGGAAAUGAAUCUUGAGUACAUCAAGCAAAAUCGUAAAAGAUCGAAACAAUCUAGGAAACGAAAGGCAAGUUAUUGUGAUGACACUGUGGAUACAAAACGAAGGCGAGAAACGAGAAACGUUAUAUCGUGGCCGAAACCUUUAAAUGAAGGAGAUGUACGGUUCAGAGUCAAUUCAGACGAUUUGAGUGAGAAGUCUUCUGAUGCGUCCAUCGAAAUUGCAUCGCCACCAUACGAAACGCUGGACAAGGACAAUGUGAAAUCGCAUUUUGAAGCGAGGAUGAAACUGCAAACACUAGCUGCUUGGAAAUAUCGGGAACUAGCUUCGUCGUCACUUUUAACUACUGCAGAUGACAUGCCAUCGUCAGCUGUUGGUUCUAGCCAUUACGAAUGUCCGGUCGAUCUCAGCAACACGGGCAGAUCUAGGAUUGACCAUCACGCAAAAAAAUGUCCAGACGUACCAGAUAAAAAGUUGGGUUCCAAAAAGUUCAGAACCUGUCGUGAAGUAUAUGAGAGUUUUUCGAGGGCCGAAUCAGAUGGAGGAGAACUGGCUGGAGGGACAUAUGAUCAACAGCAAAAUGCUCACAAAGACGGUGUAAAAGCCAAAGUGGUACCUAGAACAUCUGCUCUAACUGAACAAUCAUAUACUGGUGUGAACCCGGAAGAUAGUUAUAGGGACAUCAGUUAUCGACCCGGAUCUAAAACUGUAGGAUUUUCUAAGAAAAGUGUUUUGAAGUAUAGAUCAGAAGAGAAGAAAAAGGUACACUUUAGCGUUGGCGAAGACGAAUUCCAGAACGGCCUGGAAGGGCCAGUGGGAAAGCCCAUGCGUCAUAGCUCCGAAAUCAUAUCCGAUUUUUGUUGGGAUGACAGUCAGCAGCCAUACUCUGUGUCCGUAAAACCUGUUAGUCAACUAAAGGACGUAAAGUUGGAGUCCAUCUCAAAGAAACACAAAGCUAUAAAUACACAGAUUGAUAACACCCUGCUCUCUGAUGCCCUAAUAGAUGGACGCCUCCUAUAUGAUAUGCAGCAGGCAGACGUUUACUCCCAAAGCUUUAUUAAUGAAAGUUCAGGUGGUCACUUAAAUGAUAUAGGGGCUGAUCCCUAUUUGUAUUUUAGCAACCCGAUACUUGUAGAGGACGGCUUUAAAAUCCCCAGUCCUUCGGAGGACUUUGCGAUGGUGGGAUUUGAUUCUCUGGGAGUAAUGAAAGAUAGCGGUUUGGUAAUGAACUUUACUCCUUGCAAACCUGCGGCAAUUCCUUUAAAUUACUCGCUGCACGGAUCAGCUUCUGCAACUUCAAACGAGCUGCAAGUUCAGAGGGAGUCUGAGCAAGAGGUUAAGCUGACGCUGCCACCAAAAAAGCGUAAGCUAACAGAUGAAGAGGAACUGAACAUACUUCUAACUCUCAAGUACAUGGAAGAAUCAGAGCAGAGUCAAAAAUUGCAGAAGUCAUACCCGGCGGAACGGCAGAUGUCAAUUGCGGAAAUUCAAAGAGAUAAUCCCAAAUUCAGGACGCCGGCGGCGCGUAAAGAAUACCCAACUUUACCGCAGGUUUAUCAGAAGUACCCGGACCAAUGUCCAGACCAAUACGGCAACAUUACUAACUUCUUCAUUAGCGGAUUUGCACAGAUUUCUCACAAAUUAAAUAAGCAUUCCGAUAAUGAAUUGGUCAUUACAAUUGAAGAUUCUCAAGGGCAGUACACUGCGCCGCAGCAGACCCCAUGUGUGGAACAAAGUUCUGCAACUGAGGCAACCGAGCCGGUUCUACCCCCGCCAAGAGCUAAGAGAGGCCGUAAUCCGAGUACUGUAGUCAAAUCGCCAGGUGUAAAAAGAGGCCGGGGAAGACCGCGAAAAAAUCCCCUUUAGGGGCUGGGGAUUUAUUAGAGCCGUUCCUAUAUAAAUCGUUGUUAAUUUAAGUUUGUUUUUGUUACUUAUUCCACCACGUCAAUUCCACCACGAAGUUGGAAGCAGAAGAAAGAAGAUGAAGAAAAUUAAACAAAAUUCAAGCAGCGUCAUAGGGGCAAUGUGAUGAAUAUAUUUCAAGUUAAUGAUGCCCAAAGCAUGCCCCAUUUUUUGUUGCGCUCAAUAUUUGACGGAGAUAUUUUCCUAGAAGUUUCAAAUUAUAAGAAUUAAAUAGCUUUUCUGAAAGUUCACAUGCCAAAAUAUUGCUAAAUUGAUUACUACUGACAUAUCGAUAUAAAACCUCAUCUAUUUUUAUCAUCAAUGUCAAAUAUUGGGUGUAAGUUUUAGAAGGAUAAACAGUAAAUCUAAAUAAUCCAUAACUAAUGAAAUGUUACGUUUAGCGACAAUGUUAAUAAUGAAAAAGUAAUAAGUACAUCAAUUUUAAGGCCAACCACACAAAACCCAAAAUGGAAAUUAUCGAAAUGAGAAGAAAGGACGGAAAAGAAAGACAGUUGCAUUUUCAGAUACUCUUUCCUAUGCUGCCCCUGAGACAAUGGCUGUAUCAUAUCAAGCUGAAAGCCUGAGUGCAACGAGAACUGCUAGUGGACGUGUCGCAAGAAAACCUAAAGGCAAGGACUACGACGAUGUGACUCAAAAAUCAAGUCGUACGCAAAAGUCCAAGUUCAAAAGUUGACUGAAAGACUACGUGCGGCUGUGCGACUUGCAGAUACAUAUUAGACUUUCAACGUAGGUUUGCUCUGUGUUUUGAAAUGCCGAGUUUUUGAGCAAACCUUUUAGUUUUUAGCCAGAACUGAGCGUUACUGAAUACGGGCUGUGAUUUUUUGUAUAAGAUUUAUGUUUCAAUGUAAGUCAGUGGAGCACACGACGUAUUCUAAGAUUAAAAUACCUACUAAGAUGUAAUUAUUAUUUUUUUCUUAUUCUAAGUAAGUGUAAUUUACUAGAGUGGAUUUCUUUUGGAAAAAGAAUUGGCUCACAUAGUUAUGUUAUUUACUCAGUGAAAUUUGUAUAUUUGUAUUUAUAGUGUAUUUUCCAGUGUCUAAAAUGCAAAAAAACCAAAUUUCGGGUUUCUUUGCUUCGGCAUAAAUAACUCGGGUGUUAGCCUACGUUGUAGUGUUAAUUGUUAAACUGUAGUAUAAAAUUGAUUGUAAUACUUGUUGUGUACAUCCCUCUGUACAAAGUCGAUUAUUUAUUAUUUUUCUCUGUAGUAAAUGUAUGUAAGAAAGAUGUAAUAUGUUUGUAAAUGUCCCUUGGCUGGCUUGAAAUAAAAUUUUGUUGACAA